AUGAAAUUUUUGGAGAUGAUAGUUACGAUGGUUUUAGCUAUUACUCUUUCCUACAUUGUGGGAAAGUAUGACUACUUUCCAACAAUGAGCCGCAAUUGCAAGGGCGGACCUCUUCCAAAGAUAUUUACCAUCCAUGGCUUGUGGCCAAGCAACAAGUCCGGUUAUAUCGGAAAUUGCAGUGGUGACAACUUUAAUAUAUCUGUGAUGACAUCUGACUUGGUAGCUCGUCUGAAUGACUCAUGGCCAAGCCUCAAAAGGUCAAAGGAAAAUUUGGACUUCUGGAAAUAUCAAUACAACAGACACGGCAAGUGCUCCAACGACCUGUUUUCGCAGACAAAAUACUUCGAACAUGCCUGGCAUUUGUGGAACAAAUACAAAGCUCAUGAUCUAUUUUCUAAUCACUCGAUUUUACCAGACUCCCCACAUAAUUAUUCUAAACUUGAAAAAGCCAUCAGAUCAUUUAUAAACUGGCGCAAACCUCUUCUAAGGUGCAAGAGAAACGCAACAAACCAAUAUUUGCUGGAAGUCAGAAUUUGCUUUGAUAAAAAAGCAAACAAACCAGAAAAUUGUAAGGGCGAUACAGAUUGUACGCAAACAUUAGAUGUAUGGUAUAUGCUACAGCCUAUAGAUGCAAGGGUGAAUUAA